CAGUUCGCCAAAACAACAUGUCUUGGUUACGCGUUUUAUUUUGCGCUACGUUAUCAGCCCAAGCAUGGAAUUCUGAAGCAGUAAGAAGUUUCCCUGCAAACUUCCAAUUCGGUGCUUCAACUGCGGCUUACCAGAUAGAAGGGGGCUGGAAUGAAGAUGGCAAAGGUCCUUCUAUAUGGGAUGUUGCAACACACAACAAUCCAUCCCCCAUAAAAGACAACAGCACUGGUGACGUAGCCAGCGACUCAUACCACCUGUACAAAAGAGACGUAGAGAUCAUGAAGGAAUUGGGUCUAGACUUCUACAGGUUCUCUGUGUCCUGGCCUAGGAUUCUACCGACAGGUUUCGCGAAUCAGAUCAACCAAGCUGGUAUUGACUACUAUAGUAAUUUGAUAGACGAAAUGAUCGAGAACGGUAUCACCCCUUUCCUAACCAUCUACCAUUGGGAUUUGCCUGAGGAUCUUCAGAAGCUUGGCGGUUGGACGAAUUCAGAAAUUGUGGAUUGGUUCACUGAUUAUGCUGGAGUUUUAUUUGAUAACUUCGGUGAUAGAGUCAAGAUGUGGAUUACUAUAAACGAACCCAAGCAGAUCUGUUACGAAGGCUACGGUUCGGACAUGAAAGCGCCUUUGGUUAACUUAACUGGUAUAGCGGAGUAUUUGUGUGCUAAAAACGUUUUGUUGGCUCAUGCCAAGGCUUAUAGGUUGUAUGAUGAGCGAUACAGAAAAGAACAGAAAGGAGAAAUCGGGAUUUCGCUUAGCUGUUCCUGGUAUGAACCAAUGUCGGAUUCUGAAGAGGAUACUCAGGCAGCAUUAGAUGCUAGGCAGUUUGAUUGGGGUCAAUACGCUCAUCCUAUUUUCACAAAACGCGGUGACUUUCCAGAAGAAUUGAAAAACAAUGUCGCCAAGAAAAGUGCUGAGCAAGGCUACUUGAGAUCUCGCCUGCCAGUUUUAUCGAAAGAAGAAAUUAAAUUCAUAAGAGGAACUUCCGACUUUUUCGGUCUCAAUACUUACAGCAGCAAGAUGGCGUACCGUGAUGAUACUUUGACUGGCAUGUUCGCUGUGCCAUCUUACAGAGAUGACAUGGGUACUAUUCUUGUGAAAAACGAAACAUGGAUACAGGGAGAAUCAGAAUGGCUUCAGGAAGUGCCAUGGGGGUUCUAUAAUCUUCUCCAAGAGAUAAAGGAGCUUUACAACAAUCCGGCUGUGUACAUCACUGAGAACGGCUGGUCGACUGCUGGAGGACUUGAUGAUGAUGAUAGGGUACACUACCUGCGAAGUUAUCUGGACGCGUUGCUGGAUGCUGUUGAUGAUGGAUGCAAUGUUAGAGCUUAUUCCGUAUGGAGCAUGAUUGAUAAUUUCGAAUGGCUGCAAGGUUACACGUAA